AUCUUCAAGUUGCACUUUUGAAAAGGCUCAUGUUAACACAUUAACAACAGAACCACGGUUCGACAACACUGAGCACCUACUGAAGCACGUGCAGACACACAAGAGAGUGAAGCCAUACAAGUGCAAUGUCUGCCCCGCAGUGUUUAUUCAGAAAAUGGACAUGCUGUGUCACAAGAGGACACACUCAGGGAAGAGAUCAUACAACUGUGACCUCUGCCCUGCGGAGUUCAACCAUAGCAUAGACCUGAAACGUCACAAAAGGACGCACACCGGUGAGAAGCCAUACAAGUGUGAUGCCUGCCCUGCGGAGUUCAGCCGAAACGUGUAUCUACGGGAUCACAAGUGGACACACACGGGAGAAAAGCCAUACAAGUGCGAUCUUUGCCCUGCGCAGGUCAGGCAGAGCAAGUCCCUACAGCAUCACAAGUGGACGCACACCGGUGAGAAGCCAUACAAGUGUGAUGUCUGCCCUGCGAAGUUCAGCCGGAUCGGGUAUCUACGGGAUCACAAACGUGCACACACGGGAGAGAGGCCAUACAAGUGUGAUAUCUGCCCUGCGGAGUUCAACCAGAGCAUAGACCUGAAACGUCACAAAAGGACGCACACUGGUGAGAAGCCAUACAAGUGUGAUGUCUGCCCUGCAGAGUUCACCCGGAACGGGUACCUACGGGAUCACAAGUCGACACAUACGGGUGAGAAACCACACAAGUGCAUUCCCUGCCCUGCGGAGUUCAGACAGAGCAAGUCCCUACGGGACCACAUGCGGACGCACACCGGUGAGAAGUCAUACAAGUGUGAUGCAUCAUUACUAGGUCCGCUUCUCUUUUUACUGUACAUCAACGACCCACCUGUGCACACUGGAUUUUCUGGAGCAUCGUUGUAUGCAGAUCGCACUACGUUACCGUUAGCCUGCAAGGAUAUGGAUGAUCUAUCAUUAAAAUUUGAUAAAGACAUUGGAACAAGAGGAAGCAGUGCUGCGCGUCAUAAUAAAGAUCAGCCCACAGGAGCUUGUGAUGAAGCUUCUUCAAGUUGCACUUUUGCAAAGGCGCAUAUUAACACAUCAACAACUGAACCACGAUUCAACAACACUGGGCUUGGCACUAUGGACAUAGCUCACUUACGGUUACCUGGGCACCUACUGACGCACAUGGAGAUACAAAAGAGAGAGGAGCCAUACAAGUGCGAUUUCUGCCCCACAGUGUUUAUUCAGAAAAUGGACCUGCUGUGUCACAAGAGGUCACACACAGGGGAGAGACCAUAUAACUGCAAUCUCUGCCCUGCGGAGUUCAACCAGAGCACAGACCUGAAACGUCACAAAAGGACGCACACUGGUGAGAAGCCAUACAAGUGUGAUGUCUGCCCCGCACAGUUCAACCAGAGCACAGACCUGAAACGUCACAAAAGGACACAUACUGGUGAAAAGCCAUACAAGUGUGAUGUCUGCCCAGCUGAGUUCAGCCGAAACGGGUAUCUAAGGGACCACAAGUGGACACACACGGGUGAGAAACCAUACAAGUGCGAUCUCUGCCCUGCGGAGUUCAGACAGAGCAAGUCCCUACAGCAUCACAAGUGGACGCACACCGGUGAGAAGCCAUACAAGUGUGACAACUGCCCUGCGGAGUUCAGCCAGAACUGCUAUCUACGGGAUCACAAGCGUGCACAUACGGGAGAGAAGCCAUACAAAUGUGAUAUCUGCCCUGCGGAGUUCAGUCGAAAUGGGUAUCUACGGGAUCACAAGUGGACACACACGAGUGAGAAACCAUACAAGUGCGAUCUCUGCCCUGCGGAGUUCAGACAGAGCAAGUCCCUACAGCGUCACAAGCGGACGCACACUGGUGAGAAGCCGUACAAGUGCGAUGCCUGACCUGCGGAGUUCAACCGGUACGGGUAUCUAUGGGAUCACAAGAGUGCACACACGGGAGACAAGCCAUACAAGUGUGAUAUCUGACCUGCGGAGUUCGACCAGAGUAUAGACCGAAAAAGUCACAAAAGGACGCAUACCGGAGAGAGACCAUACAGGUGUGAUGUCUGGCCUACAGAGUUCAGCCAGAACUGGUAUAUACAGGACCUCAAGCGUGCACAUACGGGAGAGAAGCCAUACAAGUGUGAUAUCUGCCCUGUUAAGUUCAGCCGAAACGGGUAUCUACGGGAUCACAAGUGGACACACACGGGUGAGAAACCAUACAAGUGCGAUUUCUGCCCUGCGGAGUUCACACAGAGCAGGUCCCUACAGCCGCGAAGUUCAACCGUAACGGUCUCUACAGGAUCGCAAGCGAACAUGCAUGGGCAAGAGGCCAUACAAGUGCCAAUG